AUGCCGAUGUAUCAGCCAAAUAGCCAUGGAAAUGUAAAGAUAGACGUGGGUUCUGGUGGGCAAGUUUUAGAUCUAAAAACCGCCAUUAAAGAUGGUUUCGUUUGUGCUGGUGUGACGGAGAAAUUGGAUCUGAAGAAGAUGAUUCAGGAGCUUGAAUCAAUAGAAGUGCCAUCCGUGUUUAUCUGUCCAAUUUCACUGGACCCUAUGCAACACCCAGUGACUCUCUGCACUGGACAGACUUACGAGAGAUCCAGCAUUCUCAGAUGGUUGUCUUUGGGUCAUUGCACUUGCCCCACAACAAUGCAAGAGCUUUGGGAUGAUACGGUGACACCAAACAGGACUUUGCAGCAGCUGAUUCAUGGCUGGUUCUUGCAAAGGUACUUGGCUAUGAGGAAGAGAUCAGAGGACAUGCAAGGGAGGGCUAUUGAGCUUUUGGAUUCUUUAAAGAAGGUUAAGGGUCAAGCUAGAGUGCAAAUUUUGAAGGAGCUUAGGCAUGUUGUGGUUGCUCAUUCCACGACGAAGAAUACAGUGAUGGAUGAAGGUGGAGUUGCCUUGCUUUCUUCUUUGUUGGGUCCUUUUACAACUCAUGCUGUUGGGUCUGAGGCAAUUGCUAUUCUUGCGAAUUUGGAGCUUGAUUUGCCGUCCAAGGCAAAUUUGAGGCAGCCUGCAAAGAUUUCUUUAAUUGUAGAUAUGUUGAACGAUGGUUCCAUUGAGACCAAGAUUAAUUGUACGAAACUGAUCCAGAUGUUGAUAGAAACAAAGGAUUUGGGAUCGGAAAAUGUGUCAAGUUUGAGUCUUUUGGCAGGUCUAUUGAGGUUGGUGAAAGAUAAGAGACACCCCAAUGGGGUAUUUGCUGGUCUCGGAUUGCUAAAUACACUUUGUUCAGAUGAAACCGUCAGGAGCUCAGUUGUGAGCAUCGGGGCAGUUCCUCCAUUAGUGGAGCUAUUGCCCAGUUUGAACAACCAGUGCCUGGAAUUAGCGCUUCGCAUAUUGGAGGUCCUCUCAACUCUUCCAGAUGGUAGGCUGGCUUUGAAGAAUUGUGCCAACACAAUUCCUAAUGUGGUCAAGCUAUUGAUGAGCAAAUCGGAGAGCUGUACUCAGCUUGCAUUAUCAAUACUGUGGGCUGUUUGCAAGGUUGCGCUAGAAGAAUGUGCAGCACUUGCUGUGGAGGCGGGUUUGGCAGCGAAGCUGCUUCUUGUAAUACAGAGUGGCUGCAAUCCUGUGUUGAAGCAGCGGUCAGUUGAGCUCUUGAAACUGUGUAGUCUAAAUUACACGGCUACCAUCUUUAUUUCCAAGUGUCAGCUCACCAGAACGAUACACUGA